CCGCCACCGCGCGUCUCAUCGCGUCGCGUCGCGUCGCGUCGAUCGACCGCGCGCCCGCGAGCGCGUCGUCGCCGAUCCGAUCGAUCGAACGUCCACGGAAGGACGAAGGCUGCAGAAGGCACGCAAAUAAAUAAUCUUCUGACGUCACCGCAACGGCCGCGACCGCCACCGAACGCGAACGGAACGGAACGACCGACGGACGAUCUCGCGACGAUGCCGACGCUCGAGCCGUUCGCGGACCUCGCCGCGCGCUUCCGCGCGCACCACAACAACUCCCUGAACGUCGCGCUGCACAUGAUCACGACCCCCGCGGGCGUCCUCGCCGCUCUGAUCCUGGCGCUGCAGCGACCGGAGAUCUCGCUCGAGGUCGUCCGCGGCGUCGUCGGCGCGUACGUCCUCUCGCUCGCGUUCAUUCUUCUUCGCGGCGGCCAUCUCGCGGCGUUCUUCUGCACCGCGGCGACGAUGGCCGCGCUGACGCACGCGGCGACGGCGCUCGCGCCGACGCUCUCCGUCGUCGACGCCGUGAAGCUCUUCGCGGUGGCGUACGUCGGGCAGGAGCUCGCUCACGUGAUCACGGGAGAGACGACGUUUCAGUCCACGUACAUGUCUAAGCGGUCGUGGCCCGCGCUGCUGCUGGAGCACACGUACUACCUCCUCCCACUGUGCUUCGACGCGCUGUUCACGCUGAAGGAGUCGUUCGCGACGUGGAUCGUCGCGCACGACUACGUCGUGCGAUGCAAGCUCACGAGCGCCAAGGACAAAGCGGCGUUGCGCGCGGUGAAAGAUUUCGUCACCGCCGAAAACCCGGACCGAUCGUGCACCGCGCACUGGUGGUACCAGAAGCUCGAGGGUUCGGUCAAGGACGCGUUCACGCACUGCAUGGGGUGCGACCCGAUGAAGAAGAUGUUCACCGAUCGGUUCCGACCGGACGCGUACAACGUCGAUCCGAUCCCGGCGAUGAACGAGAUCUACGUCGCGUCCAGCCACCACGAGAACAACAGCGACACCGUGUUCUACACUCAGCACUGCGACGGCCCGUGGAGCGUCUACCCGUUCUGUCACGUCUACCGCGUCAUGCUCGCGGUGAACGAGAACGUUCAGGUGGAGACCAUCUUCACGAUGCAGAAGAGCGGCGGCUGCCUCAGCGACGGCGACGCCGCGGGGUUCGACUACAAUCGCGAGAUUCACGUCAUCUCCGACUUGCCGACGAAAAACACGGAUCGUCGGAUCACGCUCAAGCUGCACUACGUCGUCUACCCGAAGUGCUUCGGGUGGAUCGGGAAGUUCAAGGGCACGCUCGCGACGUGGUACAACACGACCGCGCGGAACUUGUUCCUCGCGACGAUCAAGCCCCGGGGCUUCUUCUGGAAGUUCGCCGCGUGGUGCGUAAUUUUCACCACGAAGCGCGUCCGAGAGCUCGAAAUGUACGCCGGUCUCAACAACAUCGCGCUCGCCGCCGCGCUGUACCUCGCCGGCUUAAAGAUCCACCCGCGGUUCUUCAUGGCGACGACGUCGUUCACGCACUACUGCAUGUACAUCGCGACGUACCACCAUCGCGACCGGAUUAACUUCGGCGUGUUUAAACGCAACGUGGUGUUUUUUAAGACGAUCGCGUUGACGCAUCUGUGCUGGAACUACCUCGCGAACUUCGUUUACGACCCGGUGUCGAUCGGGAUGUUGAUCGGAGGAUACGGCCUCUCGAUCGCGGCGACGUCCGCGCUCGGGCUCGAUCAGACGUACUUUGGCGUCGAGCUCGGCGCGGUGGAGCCCAACUUCGUGUCGGGGUUCCCGUACAACGUCGUCCCGCACCCGAUGAUCGUCGGCGCGAUGGUCGGCCUCGGCGGGUUCCACAAGAUGGCGACGUUCCGCGCUUCGACGCCGUACCUCGUCCCGGCGCACUGCCUCAUGUACUUGAUUCACAUGGUACAGGAGCAGGUGUACGACAUCUACAAGAACGACUGGCGCGUGAGCGGUAAGGCUAUUAAUAAGGCGGUUAAGGGCGGCAAGGGGAAGGCGGCGGCGGCGGAUCUCUCGCCGUCGUCGCCGACGCGCGCGUCGACGCGGACGCGGAGGAAAUCCGUCAAGCUGGCGUGAGAGGAAGGAGAAUGAAGGGAGGAAGGGAGGGAGGAAGGGAGGAGAGAGCGUCGCGUCCGCGGCGGCGGUGCGGUCGCGGGCGCGGGCGCUAUCGAUUGAUUUACAA